GAGGCGGGCGUGACGAUGGCCCGGCCGCCCGUCGCGCUCUAUUCCGGUCCUCGACGCCGAAGGGACAGGGCGCUCCGCUCGCCUCGCCGCGCCCUUCCGCCGCCUGCGACUGCGUCUGCGAAGCUGCUAGGAAUGGCCGGAGAGAAACCGUAUGUGAUAUUAACCCUUCUGCUACUCCUGCAAGCGUUAUCACAUGCCUGGGGCCCUUCCUCAGCCUCCGACCGCAAACCCGGUGGCCCAGCGAAACACCCUCAGCGCCUGUGCCCGCACUCAUGCCCCUGGAACUACGCCCCCGUGUGCGGCAGCGACGGCACGACCUACUACAACGAGUGCGCUCUCGAAAGGGUCAAGUGCGGUGACCUGACGCUCUUCAAGGUCAACAACGGUCCUUGUCGAGUGGCAUCCUCCCGGCGCCCAUGCCCGACCGCGUGCCCCUUCGAGUUCUUGCCCGUCUGCGGAACCGACGGCGCCAGCUACCACAGCGCGUGCGCGUUGGCGGCCGCGCGCUGCUCCAAGCCGGGGCUGGCCAAGAGGAGCGACGGACCCUGCCCCUUGUCCGACUCCUGGGGGCCACGCGCACCAGAUAAACCUUCGUGGUCUGCGCCUUCUGUGCCUUCGUCAGGGACAGGCUACGACGCCCCGCGCACGGGAUCGUCGCCAAUCAAUGAGGUGCAGGAAAAGCCAUGGAAGAGAUGAAAUUCGUCUGGUGUUCAAGAGGAUGUCGGUAUUUCACUUACUGGAUAAAAAGGGAACAUUGUAAAAUUGACCGAGAAGGUCUUGUAUGUGAAAAAAAAAAAAAGAUAAAAGAUUGUGAAGGGGAUGCAAGGGAUGUUCAUUCUCAUUCAUAACCUUUUUUUUUUUACAUCUGUGGCAAUGAAGACGGUUCGUCGGGAAAUAUCUUUGUCACCCUUUAUAAACCUUCAGUUUUCUAUGAUAGAUGUCUAUUCAUCUUCAGUUCUUCUCACCUUUCUACAAAUAUUCACCAAAAAAAAAAAAAAAACAGCACACAUACCUGCUUUAUUCCACUAUAAAAUGACAAAGUAGGUCUGGAUAGGUCUCUGAUACAUUUAGCAAUCUUACGUAAAAACAGAUAAAGCAGAGACCAUUUCUAAAUCAAGAUCUUUCAUUGGCCUUCAGUUUGCUCAAAAUCACUUUCAGAUAGUUUUGGUUGCUGCAUAAUAAGCUACCUUGUGGUUCAACUUUUAAAAGUAUUUGUUUGGCUCUCAGCUAGAUUUUUUAAAAAUUACAUUGAUAAGUUAUGGUUGCUAUAUUAUAUCAUGCGUCCUUGACUUUUUCUGGAUCCAUAGCCUUAAAAUGACCUUCCCAAAGCCUAAGACCAAAGGGACGUGAUCUCUUUGGGUUAUUUGUUGUUGUAAAACAUGAUGUGUGGCUUUACCUUUUAAGAUGAAAGUCUCAGUUUGUUACUAUGGGCCAGGUUCAUUCACCUGAGAGAUAUUUGAAUUAUCGAACCUCUAUACACCAUAAGCAUAACUAAACCUCUAAAUUAUACAAUGCAUACAGGGAUAAUCAAGAUUCUACAGUAUUCAUUUUCCUUGUUUUUAUAUAAACUAUAUCCCAAUACUCCAUAAAGAAAACACUUUAGU